UUAGCGUCACCUUCCUCAUCGGACCAUCAGCAAAGGUUUGAUAAGAUGGCGUCUUUCCGUGAUCAUCAAAUACACUUACUUUUUCUUCUACUGGUAAAAUUUCACGAGUCAGGGGGUGUGGAUGUGAAAGUCACCCAGGAACCUUCUGAUCCAAGCUAUUUUAAAAACGGUAGUGAUGCUAACCUGGUGUGGAACUACACUGAUCCACUUAAUAAGGUUCAAGGCAUUAUCUAUAGUGUUUUGGUAAAUGGUGUGUUUGUCAAAAUGAUUUAUAAGGACAGUCGUGGUGUGCAAGAAUAUUCUUCAAUUCCUUUAUCUUAUAAAGGAAGAGUUAAAAUUGAAGGAAGAGCUACCCUGGUUAUCAAGAACAUCAACCCUAAAGACAAUACCAAAAUCAAAUUUGAAAUGUGGGGAAGCCUUUCAAGCGAGGUUGAAAGUACAGUUCAGCUUAUUGUGGCAGAGGCAUUACUUAUAAACCUCUCUUUAGGAGGAAAAUAUUUCAUUGAAGGAUCCAAUGCCACCAUAACCUGUAAAGCUUCUGGGGAACCACCACCAUAUGUAGCAUGGAUUAGAAAUGGAGUAUGGAAAAGUUCAGGGAAGGAAGCUGCAUCUUUGGAGUUCAAUAAUAUAAACAGAACAGAUGCAGGACAAUAUACAUGUCAUGCCAAUAACUCAAUUGAAGUCACUUCCAUUAACACAACAAUUGUAGUUCACUACGAACCUGAAGGUGCAAGGCUCACUACCAAUGCUUCACAAAAUACCGUCAUUAAAGGAGAUACAGUUACAUUCAAGUGCAUAGUUAUGGCUGCUGUGCCACAAGUGUCAAUUUACAAGUUCUACUUCAAUGGCUACCUCCUCAGUAAUAACAGCAACAGUGAGUAUACUCUCAAUAACAUCAACCGAUCUCAGCACCAUGGCGAGUACAAAUGUGUCCCACAUAAUGCUGUUGGAGAUGGAGUAGAAGCCACUGUGAGACUUAACAUAAAUGUUCCUGUUCAGUUCACAGAAGUGCCACAGAAUAUAACAGUUAACACUUCAGCUCCUCUGUUUUUAAGCUGUGAUGCGUCUGGUUUUCCUGAACCUAAGAUAAGGUGGGAAAAAUCUGGGAUUAAGUUUUCAGACACCAAACAGCUGAACAUCUCUAGUAGUAACAGGAGUAAUGCAGGAGAAUAUGUUUGCAUCGCAAGCAAUGGAGUGAGACAGGAAAAGACAGUAAGAGCUUAUGUCACUGUGCAAUACCCGUCCACAAUUCAAAAUGUCACCACGUCAUCUAGGAAGUCUUGGAUUGGCCAGACAGUGACUUUGAAGUGUCUUUCUGAUGGUGUUCCUACACCAACACUCUCCUGGUACAAACCUAAAGGAAGUGGAAUAAACAGAGUCACAGCCAGAGAAAACAAAGUACAAGUGCCACUCAGGGGUGAUCACGAUUUUGGCUAUUACAAGUGCAUUGCUGUCAAUGGACUUCCUCCAUCUGAUGAGAAAUUAAUAAAGAUAAAUCAGAUAA